UCUUGAAAUUACAUAAAUAUCAAGGCCAAUUUUGAAUAUAUAAACCACGGUAUUUUGCACUCACCAUGUAUUCGGAUUUAUCAAAGUGCAGAAGCUACUAAAAGAUAGAACUUCUAUCAUUUAUUGGCAAUCAUGAAAUUGGCAGUAGCUUUUGUUGCCAUUUUGGCUGUGGCCAAUGCCUGGGCACUACCUAACUAUGACAAUAGCGAACUUAAAAAGGAUCUACAAGAGUUCGUAGAUUUGGUACCUGUCGCAGAAAUCAAGAAGCUUGUUUUGCAAUAUGCCGCCGAAGAUGCUGAAAUACAGAAAGGUUUGACAUAUGCGAAAUCCAACGAGUUCACAUCAUUGGUUAAAGAAGUCGAUGCCAUGCCUGCGUAUAUCAACCUGUUGAACUACAUAUAUAAAGCUGGCGUCGACAUUUACCACUAUGUAAACCUUCUCCAUAAAUACCUUGGACUUGAUGAAUUGAAACCACCACAAAGCUUUUCCGAAUACGGUAUCACCGGUGGAUACAAGGGUCUCGUUGAAGAUGUUAAGAAAUUAAUGCCCAAUGACAAAAUCAGGGCUCUUUACUAUCAAAAACUCGAAACCUCUCCGGCCUUCAAAGAACUCAUGGAUCAUUUAAAAUCUCCCGAAUUCGGGAAACUUUAUAAGACUGUCUAUAAUGAUCCCCGUGUGCAACAUAUAAUCACCGUAGCCAAGCAAUCUGGUCUUGAUCUCGAAAAAGUCAGAGAAGUUAUUCUCGUAAUUUGUCCCAUCUGUAUUUCGUUCUAGAACUAUUAGAAACCUAUAUGGAAAUGAUCAAUUUGAUAUUAUAUUUUGGAUCGUUUAAUUUUCUCAUGUUAAAAACUAUUAGAGAAUCUUAACGAUCUAAGAUCGAUACGACCCGGCUGAUACUUUUAAUGAUUCAGUUUUUUACUUAUUCUUCCCUAGGAAACCAAAACCAAUAAAGUUUUCCAAUUUUUUAUCAGAUAACGUUGUUUUGUGAUCUUUUCCUUUCACAUUUUUAGGCAUUAUCGAUCGAAGAUUUCUUAUAUAACUUUAUCUUAUCGAAAAAUAAGUCAAUCUACAUUAUUCUUAAAAUUACUUAAAUAUCAAGGCCGA